UCUAGCAGAGCACAUCAAUGAAAAUUGUAUAAUAAUUCAACAUACAGCUGGCAUCUGCUUAGAAGGGGCUGGGGAUCCAAAACCAGCUAAACAACAGGUAUCCUUCUAGCAGAAAGCUAAGGCAGUAAACAGGCUUUGAGACGUCUAGAUGUGGUGUUGUGUUCUUCUGUUUGCCAUGGCGUGGGCCAUUUGGUGGCUGCUAAGGGACAGACAGACAAUCUCCGGACUUUCAGACAAGCAUGUGUUCAUCACUGGCUGUGACACAGGAUUUGGGAACCUGCUAGCUAAACGACUGAGCAGAAAGGGUUUCCAGGUCUUGGCAGGAUGCCUCACACAGUCAGGUGCAGACGACCUGCAGAAAGCUUGUCCUUUGGGUCUGAAAACCACCUUAGUAGAUGUUACCAGCCAAGACAGCAUCGCUAAGGCAGUAGAAUGGGUGAAGACAGAGGUGGGAGACAGAGGUUUAUAUGGGUUGGUUAAUAAUGCUGGCAUAGCUAAUCCCAUUGGACCCACCGAGUGGAUGACUGUACAAGACUAUCGGAAAGUGAUGGAGGUCAACACAUUUGGGACAAUUGCAGUGACACUGGCAUUUUUACCACUGCUAAAGAAGGCCCAAGGACGCAUUGUGAAUAUGGCCAGCAUUCUUGGGAGACUCUCAGCAAAUGGGGGCGGGUACUGUGUCUCAAAAUUUGCAGUGGAAGCAUUCUCUGACAGUCUAAGACGUGACAUCCAGCACUUUGGCGUUAAGGUCUGUAUCAUAGAGCCAGGAUUCUUUAAGACAGCAGUAACAGAUCUGGACUCCAUUGAGAGAUCGCUGCAGAAACUUUGGGAUCAAAUGCCACCAGAGACUAAGAGGAGCUAUGGGGAAACCUACUUCCAGCAGUAUUUGAAAGUGCAAAGAAUCAUCAUGAACUUCAUCUGUGACCCCGACAUCUCCAAAGUGCCAAAAUGCAUAGAACAUGCCUUACAAGCCAGAUACCCUCGCACAAGAUACAGCCCGGGCUGGGAUGCCAAGUUUGUGUGGUUACCUGCCUCUUACAUGCCUGCCUUUAUUGUGGAUGCUGCUUUGGCAUUUGUGCUUCCCAAGCCAGAGCAGAGAGUCUGUUAGCAAACAAUUGGAAACCUUCUAGAUCAUGGCUUUAGAAAAGCUGAAGUAUCCUCCUGUAUUUAAAGUGUAUUGCCGCCACAUGUUGUUUGUUUAAGUUUGUUGCAAGUCCAGCUAUUACAUCAGAGAAGGCCUGGUGCAGAUAACCUGCCUGGGCUGAACUGACCAUUCAGUAUCUGUGCCACAAAAUCAAACUUUCUGUUUAUUACUUUUUUGGCCUUAAAUUUACCAACAUCUUCUUUAUCAGUAACAAUGGAGACAGAAUUCAUUAAAGUUUAGCUACUUGCACCAGGAAACACCUGUAAUUACAAUGAAGCAAAUUCAGGAAGUUGUGAGGUUUUUUCUUAGGACAGAAUGUCAUUCAUGCUGGUUUUCACUCACAAUGUUGCGUAGUUUGGGUUGUUUUCUGACUUUUUACAAAAAUGCCAUCCAACAUUUUGAAGUUGGACAUAAUUGUGCAACUGCACAUACUGAUGGAAAUCAAUAUUAAUGUAACCCUUAACAUAGUGAACAUAUUAACUCUGUAGUCUACUUCACAAUGCACAGCAUGUCUAGCCCUCUUACACCAGCGCAGAACAUUCACUGCCAACUCCACAGCAGGCCUAGAGCCCGCACAU